AUGAUUGGACCUAAGGCACUACCCCAAGAAAUUCCUGCAGUGAUGUCUUGGAGCUGGGAUGACCGACCUCCAACCACAACCAUCUUCCUAUAUGCCAGAUUUUCAAAAAAACAUGCUCGACCAGCACCAACAGAGGGGAAGGACAACAUUACCAUCUUCACCCGAAUCCUGGAUCGCCUGUUGGAUGGAUAUGACAAUAGGCUGCGGCCUGGUCUUGGAGAGAGCGUGACUGAAGUUAAAACAGACAUCUACGUUACAAGUUUUGGGCCAGUGUCUGACACAGACAUGGAGUACACCGUUGAUGUAUUCUUCCGCCAGAGCUGGAAGGAUGAACGGCUCAAAUUUAAAGGACCCAUGCGCAUAUUGCCGCUGAACAACCUGCUGGCCAGCAAAAUAUGGACUCCAGACACCUUCUUCCACAAUGGCAAGAAAUCGGUGGCACACAACAUGACCACUCCCAACAAGUUGCUGAGGCUGGUGGAUAACGGCACCCUGUUGUACACCAUGAGGCUUACAAUUAAUGCAGAGUGUCCCAUGCAUCUGGAGGACUUCCCCAUGGAUACACAUGCCUGCCCACUGAAAUUCGGCAGCUAUGCCUACACCAGGUCUGAGGUGGUUUACGUCUGGACCCAUGGUCAAAAGGAAUCAGUAGUUGUUGCUGAGGAUGGAUCCAGAUUGAACCAAUAUGAUCUAUUGGGACAGACUGUCGGGAUGGAGAUUAUUCAAUCAAAUACAGGUGAAUACAUUAUCAUGACAACCCACUUCCAUCUGAAGAGGAAGAUUGGUUACUUUGUGAUCCAGACGUAUCUGCCCUGCAUUAUGACUGUGAUUCUCUCCCAGGUCUCCUUCUGGCUGAACAGGGAAUCCGUCCCUGCACGCACUGUGUUUGGAGUCACCACAGUGCUGACCAUGACCACCCUGAGUAUCAGUGCCAGGAACUCCUUGCCCAAGGUUGCCUAUGCAACAGCUAUGGAUUGGUUUAUUGCCGUCUGCUACGCAUUUGUAUUCUCGGCAUUGAUUGAAUUUGCGACCGUGAACUACUUUACCAAGCGGAGCUGGCCAUGGGAUGGCAGAAAAGCCAUGGAAGUUCAGGAGCUGAAGAAACGGGAACCAGUCACUCUGGCCAAGAAAACCAACAACACGUACAACAUCGUAGGGACAACGUACACUCUGAACAUCACCAAGGAUCCCAGUCUGGCCACCAUCUCGAAGAGCGCAGGGACGCACGCUCACACCAAGCUGGCCAAAGUGGAGGAGAAACUGCUCGAGAGCAGGAAGACAUACAACAGUGUCAGCAAAGUCGACAAAAUGUCCCGAAUUGUAUUUCCUGUUCUCUUUGUCAUUUUUAACCUGGUUUAUUGGGCCACCUAUGUCAGCAGGGAGCCAGUCAUUGAAGGUAUGAUUCCACAGAAAAAGACUCCACUUAAGGCUUGA